AUGCGCGCCGCGUACGGCAACGCGCGCGCCUCCACCCUCCUCGUCGUCGAGUUCUACGCCAAGUGGUGCAACAGCUGCCGGCGGCUCUACCCCAGGCUGUGCCGACUCGCGGCGCAGGAGUCCGACGUCCUCUUCGUCAAGGUGGAGUUUGACGAGUGCAAGGACCUGUGCCGCAAGCUCGGGGUGGUCAAGCUCCCCUACUUCCACGUGUACAACGGAAGCGGCUCGCGCCUCGCCGACUUCGCCUCCAGCCUGGAUCCCACCAAGUUCAAGAGGCUCACCGACGCCAUCGAGGCCAACCGCGGCAUCCGAUGCGCGCUGCCGGCGAAUAAAUCCGAGACGCAGGAGCAGUGGCAGGACGACGCAUACCUGUCGAGCCUGGUCAAGCUGCACCACGUGACGUUCGUGUGGCGCGGCGGCGGCGAUGACGUCAUGAUCACCGGCGACCCCGCGGGCGGAUGGACGCACACGCUCACCAUGACGAAAGUCAACGACAUCGGCGGCGACGGACCCCUCGACGAUCGAUCCUCCGCGACGCACGUCGCCACAUGCAUACUCCCGACGGGCACUUUCCGCUUCAAGUUCAUCGUGGACGGCUCGUGGAUCGUGGAUCCCAACUAUCCCAUCAUCGCGGACGAGGCGGAGAACGUCAACAACGAGAUCUUCGUGGGCGCCGCGCACUGGCCGUUUCAGUGGGUGCAGAUGCCGACGGCGGCGCCGCCAGGGCCGCCGGGCGUCGGCGUGAAUUACUCGCCCGUGGCGUUGGACAUGCACGCGCCGGACCGGGAGACCGCCGCCGCCGCGGGGGUGAGCGGCGGCAGGGUCGGGUCCGGCGCGCGCGCGCGGGGUGGCUCGAGGGAUCGAAGGGUUCGAGAUUACGCGGAAUCCGACGCGGACGAGGUGAGGGAGCGGAUGGCGGAGAAGCGGCGAGCGGACGCGGAGAGGGCCCGGUCGUUGUACGCCAGCUCGAAGAAUCGAUCCGGGAUCGUGACCAGCUCGAUCGACAAGUUCAGGCCGCCGAGCUCGGACGAGGACGGCGACGAGGACGGCGAUGGGGACGGCGACGGGGACGAGGGCGAGUCCCCGGAGCUGCCGCCGCCGUCCGCCGUCGCCAACAACACCGUCUCCACCAUCGGCGCGGAUUCGUCGUUUCCCAAAAAAGUCGAAGUGUCCAAGGGGAGCUACACCACCAAGUCGGAGCACGAGACCGCGGUGGAGCAGGAGCGCGCGGCGGCGUUCGAGCGGUUGAAGUUCAUGCGGAAGGAACGGGAGGCGCAGGCGAGUAAUCCCAGCGCGCCCGGGUACAAGCUCAGCCCCAGCGAGGGCGCGGGAGUCGUCGCCGCGUCGCCGGCGGUGGCUACCCAAUCGGACCUGCUCACGCUGGAGGAGCGAGUGGCGAGGGUGGAGCGAAUCCUGAACAGCAACAACCUGACGGAGGAGCAGUGGCUCAACGAGGGAUGACGAGACGAACGCGGAGGAAGACGACGACCCGCCGGGAGGGAUGUUUCGAACCGCGGAGAGGCGCCCGACGGAUGAGGUACUCCUAACAGUUAUUUACCUUCGUAUAUAAUAUAAGCCGAAAGACCGAGAG